AUGAACGCCACAAUACCUGCAGUCAAGAGGAGGGCAUGCGUGUCGUGCACGGCUGUCAAGGCGAAAUGCACACCGCAGUCCGUUAACCUGUGCCAGCGGUGCGCUCGUUUGGGCAAGUCAUGCACAUACCUUGACCUUCCGCAGACAAAGCGGAAACACAAGGCUGCACCGAGCCGCGUGGAGGUGCUAGAGAAGAAGGUCGACCAGCUGACAUCGCAGCUGGCUGCCUUGACCCGACAGAACGGGCAGGCAUCGCCCGAUACUUUCACCAACGACCUGGGAUCAUCUCGUGAUCCUGAGCUGGAUUCGACAGACAUUGCCGCGUUGUUAGAUGCUGCUAAUGAACCGUCCCACGGCCUCGAUCCGCCAACCAGCUCUGUUCUAGAGGGCCAGCCGUCUAUCGUAGAUCAAGGGAUUUUGAGUGAAGCCGAGGCUGAGCGCUUGGUUACGACUUUCCAGCGUGACUUAGUACCCAAGUUUCCCUUUGUAUUGAUUGCACACGGUGAGACAGCCGCUCACCUCAGGGACAGGGAGCCGUUUCUCUUUCUGUGCGUCGUGGCCGCGGCCAUGGGCAGUGCGCACCCUCUGCGAAAAACUGUCGCCGAGGAGAUUAUGAAGCACGUUACUUCGAGGGUUGUGGCACGGUCUGAGAGAAAUCUUGAGUUGCUCCGUGGCUUGCUGGUUCACAGCGCAUGGUACUCAUAUCCUGCAGAGAAAUAUCACCCGCGACUUCUGCUGUUGGUUCAGCUUUGUGUUUCUACCUUGUAUGAUUUGGGAUUGCACAGAAAGACUGGUACGAAUUUGGAUGAGCAGCGGGCGCUGCUCGGUACGUAUUGGCUGUCAGUUGGAGUCUGUGGUACACUCGGCCGGCCGAUUAUGAUGAAACAUGAUGGUCGAACCGAUGAGUGCAUUGAGAGUAUAGCAUCUACCGAGCAUCUGUCAGAUUGGUGGAUUGCGCCACUUACCCACUUACAGUUUUUCUUGGCAACAAUGGAUGAAGUUUACGCUUCGAUACAAGCAAGCGGUGGAGGAGUGCUCGUCCAAGUUACGCGGGGCUCUCUGCAGGCGCAAUUUGAUAGCGUGAGGGCAUAUUUAGAAAAGUAUAUCUCAAUCCGCCCUUCGUCAACAGAGAAUGCAAUACGCAUUGAAAUAAAAUAUGUGGAAGUGCGUCUCGAGGAAUUAUCUCUUCGGGAUGAAUUGUGGAUUGCAGAGCCUGCCAGCGCAGUCCGGACAACCAUGCUGAUGGGAAUAAUCCAGCGCAGCAAGGAGCUCAUCCACACGAUUAGAAACCUACCAGUGUCAGAGAUUGCCCAAAUGACAAUAACUACAAGUGCUCGUAUAUGUGCCGCAGUGGGCUAUAUGCCCACUGCAGUAUUGACCCUUCUCAAUCUCAUUACUAGUCCCACUGACUCUGCCACGGAAGCCCAGGUGCAGGCCGUUGUUGAUGCAGCAGAUUAUCCAAAUCUUGUCACAGAGCUUGCUAACGCGCUGGAGACGAAAUUUGAGGGAAUGUCUGCUGCGGAUAAAGAGACGGACAUUGUGGGGAGCCUCUGCUCUAAAAUGCGGCUUCUAGCACGUUGUUAUCCACACCAAAUUAGGGCAAUUGUUGGAAUUGCGCCGUCCCAAGACGCAAGGCAGGAUACGUCCAUGACGGCAGUUCAUAGCAAUGAGGUUGCUAUGACACCCCAACUCUGGCCGUCCAUCGACGACGAUCUGGGCGACAUAUUCCCUGUCGACGACAUCCAGUGGGAUUCUCUAUUGAGCAAUUUCACUGGUUUUAGCUAG